AUGCUACGUUCAUCUCUCGGACAACAAGGGUCGGAUUUGGGUUACACGUACCUCGGACAAAGUCUACAACCAAGAUUGUCUCGCUCCCUCUUUCAAGCAGUCCCCAAUCCGUGUCAUGGUUUGGGGUUGCAUCGCGCACGGAUGGAAAGGGCCAUUGAUUGUGCUCGAGUAUCCUGGAGGCAAGGGCGGUGGGAUGACGGCGAAGCGAUACCAAGACCAGGUUCUCAGAAAGGUCCUCUUCAGGUCGUUGGACGAGGUGAAGCAGAAACGCGGUGGACGAGGGAAGAUUCAUGUGACAAUCAACCCAAAAACAAAGUCGAAAAGAGAAGUGAAUUCGAAGACUGGAGAAUACAACCAAGUAGCUACAGUAUUUAUACCCAAAUCCAGUCUGAGUCAUAUCUACAACUAAUGAGUCAUAGGGCUAUGUACCGCAUGGAACGCUGGUCAUGGGUUGUAGUAGAACCUUCUGGAGCAUAUGUCGCGCAGCCUCGAAUCGAUGAAGAUAAUCCCUGA